AUGGCAAGCUUAAUGCAAAAAGCUGCGGCUCACAGGCCAACCACGCCAGAUAGCACGCAUCGAGACGACCAAAAGCGCAACAAAAAUAACCUCACCGAAUCAAUUCAUAGUCGACAGGAUUCAGGCAUAGCAUUCAAUGCUGCCUCGUCACAAUCCAAGAAGAAAUGGUUUCACUGGCACGAGCCAGGCACGUCAAAGGCCGACAAAAAACUCAUUUUCAAGCUCGACUGGUUCCUACUCAGUUACAGCUGUUUAUGCUUCUUCAUUAAGUACCUCGACCAGACAAAUAUCAGCAAUGCAUACGUAUCGGGCAUGGAAGAAGAGCUCGGCUUCGGACCUGGCAAUGAACUGAGCUGGAUGAACACAUACUUCAGCAUCGGCGUUAUAAUUGGGGGUCCAAUCAGCAACAUUGUUCUAACCGUCGUUCGACCACGCAUUUGGCUUCCCAGCUGUCUACUCGUAUGGUCACUCUUCGUUUUAUUCCUAUUUAAAUGUCAAACCGCAUCACAGUUCUACGGCUUGAGAUUCUGCGUUGGAUUACUGGAAUCUGCCGCAUGGCCGGGUAUUCAGUACGUGCUUGGUUGCUGGUAUAAACGGUCUGAGCUGGCAUCUCGAAGUGGCCUUUUCGUUAUGUCCGGCGUGCUGGGUCAAAUGUUCUCAGGAUAUCUACAGUCAGCCCUCUUCGACGGAAUGGAAGGUAAAGGUGGAUUAUCAGCUUGGAGAUGGCUUUUCAUUUUCGACUUUAUCCUUGCUGUUCCGGUGGUUCUAUACGGCUACUUCUUCUACCCGGAUACGCCGCAAAAUACCAAAGCAUUCUAUUUGACCGAAUGGGAAAAGAAUCGUGCCCGCGAAAGAAUUGAAGAAGAGGGCCGCACACCAGUCGGGAAGAUGGAUUCAUCAGUAUUGAAGCGCAUCCUGCAAUCCUGGCAGCUGUAUGCUUUCUCCAUUGCAUAUGCUCUGUGGUCCCUGACCUGCGGGUCUUAUGUGAUGCAAUACUUUGAAUUGUGGCUGAAAGCUCUGAAGACAUAUUCGGUCCCGCAAAUCAACAAUAUUCCUACAUCAAUGGGAGCUGUUAAUUUUGCGUUCAUGGUGACGACAGGUAUCGUUGCUGAUAGGAUUGGUCGCCGGGGACCGGUUUUCUUCGGUGUCGGGUGUCUGUUGACGUUCUGUUAUGCCGUAUUUACCGCAUGGCCUGAGUCCGAGGGACUCAAAAUGGCUGCCUUCAUUCUCACCGGCUGCUACGGGUGUUUUACACCGCUUCUGGCUGCGUCUGUGAAUAUCUCAUGUGGGAAUGAUCAGCAGCUGCGAGCGUUCGUGAUGGCAUUUAUGGUCAGCCUUGGUUCUGCUGUUGUCAUUCCCUUCCAGCAACUGCAGUUUCCCAGUGGAGAGGCGCCGACGUUUUCAAAAACUCAUGGCUGGGUUAGUGGACUCGUCUUUGUCAUAGCCUUGACCAUGUGGACUGGAUUUGGAAUAGAAUUUGUGGAAAGGAUCAUGACCCGCUCAAAAAGGAAGAGAUUGGUUGAAAAGGGUAACGGGGUUUAG